UCGCGGGAUGGAUGAACCGGACGCGGCGCAUCAGCGGAACGGGCCCGCCGCGGGUGCGAGCAUGCACGGGCUGUUUACGGACGCGGACACCGGGCGGCUCACACACGCGCUGACUCUGUCGGACAGCUGCCUGACGGUCCAGAACAUCAGCUCCCCUUCAUCGUCGGAGCACCUGGACCUGCGCGACUGCCUGGGGAGCCGCGCGCACCGGGGCGAGUGCGAGGACCAGAGCGCGGAUCUGUGCGUAUAUUUCUACCCGUGCCGGCACCGCUGGAUGGCCUCGGGUCCGGUUCGCCAGAGGGACGAGCGGAGCUUUCGGCUCGCGCUCAGUACAGAUGAUAAUGAUGAGGACGCGAACCUGCGCGAGGCGGAACGUUGGGCGCGCGCCAUCAGGCACAACAGCGCGCGCCGCCCGGAACACACGCACGGUGUGUUGUUCUCUGAGGUCCGCCGACCGUGUGGCGUGAUGGUAUUGGUCAAUCCUCAGAGUGGGCGGGGCCAAGCGAUGGCUUUCUAUAAUGGCCACAUUCAGCGGAUGCUCACUGAGGCGGAUAUACCGCACACGCUCUUCAUCACAGAGCGUCAGAAUCACGCGCGGGAUCUGGUGAGGAGCGCUGACCUGACGCAGUGGGACGCUCUGGUCAUUCUGUCUGGAGACGGGCUGCUGUUUGAGGUGGUGAACGGUCUAAUGGAUAGGCCGGAUUGGGAAAAGGCCAUCCAGACUCCUCUGGGAAUCCUGCCCGGAGGUUCAGGAAAUGCACUGGCUGCUUCCGUCCAUCACUACACACGAGCGUCUCCGGUGUGGGGUGAAGAUCUGCUGACCAGCUGUGGCUUUUUGCUCUGUAAGGGUCUGAUCUCUAAACUGGACCUGAUCUCCAUCCGUCUGUCGUCCGGCGCUCGUCUCUUCUCCUUCCUGUCUCUGGCCUGGGGCUUUGUGGCCGACGUGGACAUCGAGAGCGAGCAGUUCCGCCAGAUCGGAGCGCUGCGCUUUCUCCUCAGCACGCUGCUGCGUCUGGCCUACUUACGGAUCUAUCAGGGGAAACUAGCGUUCCUGCCUGCCGAAAGCCAGCGAGAAUCGGCCUCUGCUGGCUUUUCUACCGCAGACAGCCGGCUGCCCGACCACCUGCUGGUCCCGCUGGAGCAGCCCGUCCCGCAGGACUGGACGCUGGUGGAGGAGCAGGAGUUCGUCCUGGUGCUCGCCAUGUUUCAGUCGCACCUGGGCGAGGAUCUGCUGGCGGCUCCGGACGCUCGCGCCGACGACGGACUCAUUCAUCUGUUCUACGUGACGGCGGGAAUCUCGCGCACCAUGCUGCUGCGGCUCUUCUGGGCCAUGCAGAGCGGGACGCACCUGGACUGGGGCUGCACGCAUCUGGUGUACCGUCGCGUGCGAGCGCUGAGGCUGGAGCCGCUGAGCGAGGCCGGCGUGAUGACGGUGGACGGGGAGCGCGUGGAGUACGGGCCCCUUCAGGCACAGGUGCACAGAGGAGCGGCCCGCCUCAUCUCCGCAUGAACCGCAAACAGCUGUUUAAAAUGGGAGGUCCUUUACCUGAACCGCACAAUCCUGACUGGCUGCUGUUAAACUUGAAUUUAAUGUUCGUUUGUUUGUUUUAUUAAAGAAUUGUAAUUGAGUAAAUCUCAUAAAAAACAUGUCUAGGUCAUGCUUUGCCCCAAAAACAGAAGUAAAAAUAAUAGGAAAUU